GCUGGCGUCCCCCAACCCAGAGCUGGAAACUGCCUGCAGAGAGCGCAUUGGAUGCCUGCUCUUCUGGGUUCUGACUCACUCCCUCCGGGUGCAGAGCUCCGUCCCCAGCGCAGUGCUCUGGCCAGGCUGCAGCCCUGCAAUCUGUUGAUAACUCCACUCACAAGCUCCAGUCGGAUGCCUUUCGUCAUAGCACGCUGUUCCCUAGCACAAGGGACAUGCCACAUCUCGCCUAUGAGAAGCGUGAGACCUGUGCCUCUUCAGCAGCUUUUACCGAAAUAGGUGGGUCAGCCUUCAGCUCCUCAGCCAUCCUGCCACAGUCACUCUGAGGUAGCCUUCCCAGGAGCUCCACUGUGACUGCUGUUUGGGACUUGACCUUCCAGAUGGCCAUGGAGGCUAGAGGGGAGAAGGGCGCAACAUAGUGGUCACUGCCAGCAACCCCACCGGUGUUCUUGCCUCCCUAACUCUGCAGGGCUCAUGGCUGAUCGAUCAAUAAGGCCCAGUUAUCACUGAAAAGACAGGCAAAGACAUGCGUCAGGAUCUAGCAAGACCAAUCUGGGUUGGCACAGAACCAGAAAAGAAAACAGAACCAAGAAGAAGAAGAAGCAAAGUAACCAAGAAGAGCGAGCACAGUGACUCACACGGGUGAUUCCGGCACUUGAGAAGCUGAGGCAGCUGCAGAGUAAGACCCUGUCACAAAACAAAGUCAAACAAAGCCACAGAUGGAGAUGAGGAAGACUACCCAGGAAGACUAAGUAGGAAGAAGAACCAAGGCUGAGGAGAUGACUCAGUGGGAUUUGAAGACUGUCCUCUCCCUGCCCCAGUACCCAGGGGAGUUCCUGCACCCCGUGGUGUAUGCCUGCACCGCGGUCAUGCUCCUGUGCCUCCUUGCCUCGGUCAUCACCUAUAUCCUGCAUCAGAGUGCCAUCCGGAUCAGCCGGAAAGGCCGGCACGCGCUCCUCAACUUCUGCUUCCACGCGGCUCUGACCUUCACGGUGUUUGCUGGUGGUAUCAAUCGCACCAAGCACCCCAUCCUCUGCCAAGCGGUGGGCAUUGCACUGCACUAUUCUACGCUUUCUACCAUGCUGUGGAUCGGAGUGACUGCCAGGAACAUCUACAAACAGGUGACCAAGAAGGCCCUGCCAUGCCCAGGUGCAGACCAGCCACCGUACCCCAAGCAGCCCUUGCUCAGGUUCUACCUCAUCAGCGGAGGGGUCCCUUUCAUCAUCUGUGGGGUCACAGCUGCCACAAACAUCAGAAAUUAUGGGACCGAGGAUGAGGACGUGGCAUACUGCUGGAUGGCCUGGGAGCCCAGCUUAGGUGCGUUCUAUGGACCUGCUGCCUUCAUCGCCCUGGUCACCUGUGUGUACUUCCUCUGCACCUAUGUGCAACUACGGCGUCACCCAGAGCGCAGGUAUGAGCUCAGAGAGCGCACCGAGGAGCAGCAGCGGCUGGCAGUGCCAGAGAGCGGCCGUCGCCAUGGGAUGCGUCCUGGUACGCCACCCGCCUGCGAUGCCCUGGCUGCCUCACAGCUGCAGAACGAGCAUUCCUUCAAAGCCCAGCUGCGUGCUGCCGCCUUCACGCUGUUCCUGUUCACAGCCACGUGGACCUUUGGGGCCCUGGCCGUGUCUCAGGGCCACUUCCUGGACAUGAUCUUCAGCUGUCUGUACGGCGCCUUCUGUGUGACCCUGGGACUCUUUGUCCUUAUCCAUCACUGCGCCAAGCGGGAGGAUGUGUGGCAGUGCUGGUGGUCAUGUUGCCCGUCUCGGGGAGAUACCUCCACCACCAAGCCCAAUGCCCACCCUGCACUCGAUGCCAACGGGGAUGCCCUGGGGCAUACAGCCUGCCUGCAGGACUCACCGUGCCCUGGAAAACUCAGAGGCUUUGGCCAUCCACCAGCCGGCCACUGCAAGAUGACAAAUCUGCAGGCUGCCCAGGGCCAUGUCAGCUGUCUGUCACCUGCCACCCCUUGCUGCGCCAAGAUGCACUGUGAACAGCUGAUGGAGGAGGAGGCCCACAUGCACAUGGCCGGGGAGGACACCUUCCCGCACGACCCCCACCUGCACGACCCUCACCUGCACAGGUGCCUCAAGGGCAGAACUAAGCCCCACUACUUCAGCAGGCACCAGGCAGCUGCAGCUGAGAGGGAGUAUGCCUACCACAUCCCCUCCAGCCUGGAUGGCAGCCCCCACAGUUCACGCACAGACAGCCCUCCCAGCUCUCUUGAGGGCCCAGUGGGGAUGCAUACACUGGCCUGCUGUGCCCAGGCCGAUCCUUUCCCCAUGGUCAGUCAGCCUGAGGGUGGAGAUACGAGUCCUGGGCUCUAUGGCUGUCCCCCACGGCUCUCCCCAGGCCCUGCCCACUUGGAGAUGCUACGAAGGACACAGUCCCUGCCUUUUGGGGGCCCCAGCCAGAAUGGCCUGCUCCAGGGUGAUGUCCGAGAAGGCCUGCCAUUUGGUACUGAUGGGACAGGGAACAUCCGAACAGGACCCUGGAAAAAUGAAACUACAGUGUAACCAGGUUGGGAACACAAGUCCCUCACCAUUGCCACCAUGUGUCCCUGGAGGAGCUUCAAAGCAGAGAGUGGCACUCUGCUAGGUGAGGUUAGUGGGCUGGGAGGGUCAUCAAAUGACCAAGCGGUUCAGGAGUGGUUCACACCCCUCAGCCAUGAUCUGUUUUAUUGUGACAGAACCCAUCUGGAGAACACUGGGCCACAGCCACCUCCGCUGGCUCCAAGGUGGGAGGUGGCUCUCCAUCAGCUUAUCACCUGCUCUCUGUUCACAGCACCUUCCCUUCCUGCUGGGAGACCUCCGCAGAGACUCCACCUGAUGUUCCCACCUUUGGUACAUGUGUGUUAGGUUUUACUCUAGGGACCACAGCAGUGGUUCUCCAGAGCACACUCACACUGGGCAGUUUCCUGUCCCCUGCCAUCCUAGUGUUACCUCACAUCUGCAUCUUCACCGGAACCACCUAACAUUUCUGCCUGCCCACACCUGCACCCAUAUGGGACGUGGCCCUGGACUGAUAGCCUGAGGGCAUUCUGGGUGCUAAGAACGGGCCUGCUGUGGAGCUAUGGGGGGAGGAAACAGCCAAUGGCUGUGGCCUUCAGAGAGCUGGCCUCGGUCUCUCUGAGCCUAUGCUUUUAAAAGAUGCCCACUUUUUAAUGGAGACCUAGCUUUGAAAGUCAGCAACCAUCAGACUGGAUUCUCUUCUAAUGAGAACAAGUAGUAAUCAAGUUGUCUGUCCCACAAGGAGGGGUCGACCGGGCUGUGAUGGUCAUCACAGACGAAAGCUGCCUUUCCGUUUUUGUCAUUUUCAUGAACAUUUUGGGUACAAAGCCCCACCUUAAAGAAUAGACAUCAACAAUGAUCCUUUUGUAAAAUCAGAUGUCUCGUCCUAGGGGAGGCCUUUACAGAGGUGAGAGCUCAUAUGUCCAGAGAUACCAACCUAUGAGACUGUCCACCUUUCCUUUCUAUCUUUCUCUUCCCAAUUUGUGAUCCAUAUGAUACACAUACACACACACAUACACACAUGCAUACACACAGCACAUAUGCACACACAUAUGUACACUACAUGUGUGUAAACACACACGCUUAUACACAUUUACAGUUACACAAUGCACACCACAGACAUGUGCAUCCACACACCUGCUCAUCACAUACAUGCACGUGCACAUGCCGGCAUACCACCACACACAUGCAUACAUACUCAAUGCCCACAUAUAGACAUACUGGUGUUCAUAUGCACCCACAAAUAAUUAGUGCGCUUCAUAGCCCUGAGCCCUGGGUUCCUUUACAGAUGUAAAUGAGUCUCUGUGAUUUGUAUCACAGAGCAUAGCCUUGCUGACAACCUCCUCAGAGAACAGGGCCCGGGUAAGUUCCUAGAGCAUUGGAGGCAGCACAUUCUGCACCUGUGGGCAGUGCCACCUAGAGGCAGACACUCAGUAUCUGAGUAAGGAGACUGGCAGACAGAUAGGACAUUUACAAGCUCCUCUGUGCAAACAUUCUGCACCCAUCCUUCAGGUGGGGAGCCGGGGACCACCAGGCUGUUUCAGCUCCUUUCACUCCCGGGCUUCUUCACCUGCGCCUAUAGCUGAAGCGUGCAGAACCCACCAGGCUGUGUGUGCACUGUAGAUUCAGACCAUCCAGAGGAAAAUACAGCGUUUUACAUUGUU